AUAAAAAUUAAGAACGAUCGGCGAUUGCCUCUUAUCUCGAUAAAAACAAAAUGCACCAUUACUUGUUUGCUUGCCACGCUAUCGUAUUUUAGCUUGGCUACAAACAUCAAUUUGUUUCAUAAUUUAACUUAGUGGGACUGUAGCAUUACGUAUUUCAACGUUGUUUGAUUCCGCGUACUAUUUGUUGCCAGACUUUGCUUAUCAGAUUUUAUUCAUUAACUGCUGCUGGAAGCCCAUGUGUAUCUGAUGCUUUUGUUGAUCGUGCGAUUUUAUUUUUAUAUACUGCAGUUGCGUAAGAUAUAAAAUUACUGGGGCAUUUGCUUUGAUAGUUGUAUACUUGCAUGUUUGAUCUAUUUUGAGAAGAGGGGAAAGAAAGAGACCAUUCCACUUCUAGAGCAAUUCCUGUGUCAUGUUGCCAAGACAGGAGAGCCACUGCUUUCAUGGACACAAUUUAAACCAUACUUCAUGUUUAAGUUGGAAAGCAUCAUGGAUAGUUUUCAUGCCUCGGCACCAGAGCAGAGACUUAUAGAUAACCCUAAUGUAGAGCAUGUGACCUUCGAAGAGAUGAAGAGCAGAAUCCUAAAAAUAGUUGAUGGCUACAAUGGGAUCCCAUUCACUAUUCAGCGCCUAUGUGAACUGUUAACAGAUCCAAAACGAAAUUAUUCAGGAACUGGAAAAUUUCUCAGGGGCUUGGAGAAGAACGUGAUGGUCGUCAGCUGCUUAUGUCCAACAUCCGAAAAAAAUGGAUCCCUGAAUGCAAACAGAAUGAAUGGGGUGAUGUUUCAGGGCAAUUCUCAGUAUUCUGAAAGUCGAAACAUCAAUGGACCUUGCACACCAAAACCACUCCACAGAUCAAGGCUGGUUCUGGCAUCUUCAUUUUCAUCUAAUGGACUCCCAGAGAGUAAAGGCAGCGAGACACCAACAGAGAAGCCAAAAGAACAAAUGAGUGAUACUACGUUAUCAGAAGAAGUGUCUCCAAAUGGCGGGACUAAACAUAAGCACCAGGAGGAAGAGGAGGGAGAGGAACAGAAUGUAGAUGGUCCUGAAGUCAAAAGGCUGAAAAGUGAUAGUGAAGAGAAAGAGUCAGAGGAGCUAUCAGAGACACUACACUCUGGCUCUGAAGAGGACUCCAGUGAUGCUUUCUGUGAAACACCUGCUAUUUCAGAAAAAGAGGAGCAAUCCCAUGUUGAUGAAAUUUGUGAAAACCAGACGGACUUAUCUGAAGACAAGACUCCCAAAAGUGAGAUAGGUGACACUACUGUUGAUCAGCAAGAGGCAGAAAUCCCUUUGGAGUCUAAGACAGAUGCUGAACCAGACAGUGUACAGAGCAGUGACAGUGGGGAUCGAGGGGAGCCAGUGUCUACAUCAGAUCCUUCAGCUGAUUCAACAGACUGUGACGCUAACUCUUCAGACAGCUCAAAAACAGAAAAUAUACCUGAGGAACAAGACUGAAAACCAAAAGCACAACUUGACAACAAACUGUUUACACUGUAUAUUAUUACAGCAAAUGUAUAUUUCUGUAGCACUGUGGUCUUCUAAGCAACAAGACCAGGAACAAUGUGAAGUUUCCUGUUUCCUCUUAGUACAAGCACAUUGUCUGGUCUCUAAACUGGAAGGAUACAAUAAGACUUUAAUGACUUGGCUUUUUCACUGUUAAAAUUUCUUACCCUUGGAUCGUCAUUUUUAUACUUUUACCAAUGUAUUUAAACAUGGUUACUAAUUUACUCACUUGUUUUAUUAAUAUCACUUGAUAGGAAUAGAAAAAAUAAUUAUGGUUUAUCUUGCUAAUAGGUUCCUGUAACUACCAAUAAGGAAACAUACUUUAAUUUCACACAGGUCAUAAAGUUUUAUACACCUUUGUUUAGAUGUAUAUGAAUUUUGUAAAAACUUGACACCACUUAUUGUUGGCAGUACCUUACUGGAUAAAUAGAGUUUGACUAAAAUGUCUCAGAUUUGUUCUAUCUUAACUAGGGCCAUAACCAUUUUUUGUUAUUUCAAUAGUUCAUACUGUAUAUGUCACUUUCUGUCUAAAAAUACACACAGACAUUCACCGUCUUUUCAAAAUGAUAUAUAUAUCCUUUGUAGGCUUCUAAUAUAAAAUUGCAAAACAAGA